AUGAAACUCUUGGCUGUCCUUGCCGGCAGCGCUCUGUUUACCUCCCCGGCGCUUGGUGCCGCCGCUCUCUUCGCUCGAAUAACUGGGGACAAUAGCGCAGGUGAACUCUGGCUCAUUGAUAGCUCUAUUGCUGAUGAAGGUGCCUGGGAAAAUGUGACCCCUUCAGAGCAGUGUUCAACUGGUGCCUGGGGCGGAGCAGGUUGCUCUGUUGGCGGAUACUCGGGUUCUUUUAUCGCAUUCAACACUAUAGGUUGUGACAGCAAUCCGGGUGUUCAGAAUGGUCAGUCCUCUUCUCUUGUUUUGCUAUUGCAUUCUUCUAGGUCUCUUGUUUUCGAAGAGUGA